CCAAGUCAACACCAGACACCAGACGGCGUGCUCUCCCAGCCGUUGCAAACGUUUUGUUUGCGUCCCUUCGUUGCGUGCCUUGCAGCACCAGUCACUCCCUAACGACGCGCCACUCCUUUCUCGUGUAUACACUCUGUAUUGUUAAUAUCCCGACCCCGUAAUGCUCACCAAGACUGUGGCCGUCGCGGCUCUUGCCGCUGUUCCGGCCCUGGCGACCCCAGCUGUCAACGUCUACUGGGGCGCCUCCGCGGGCACAGACAGGCUCAGGGACUACUGCGACAGCACUGGCUUCGAGUAUGUCACCCUCGGCUUCGUCAACAACUCGCCCGAGAAUGAUCCCUCGAGCCUCAAGUACCCCGGCACCAACUUCGCAAAUCACUGUAUCGCUGCCAAGUACACCGACCCCAACGGCGUCUCGUCGCAGCUGCUCAGUGAGUGCGGUCUGAUCUCAGCCGAUAUCCGGUAUUGCCAGAGCAAGGGCAAGAAAGUGCUGCUUUCCAUCGGCGGCACAUGGAACCCGCCUGAUGCCAACUACACCGUCUCGAGCCCCCCUGAAGGCGAGUACUUUGCCAACUUCAUCUGGGCCGCCUUUGGGCCCUACGAUGCGUCUCAACCGCAUGUGAGACCCUUCGACGACUUCUAUCAGGGCGCUGAGCCGGGACAAGAGCACUUUGUGUUCGACGGCUUUGACUUCGACAUUGAGUACAAGUUCGAUGACCAGAACGGCUAUGUCGCCAUGGUCAACAGACUGCGCUAUCUGACCUCGCAGGACACCAGCAAGAAGUAUCUGAUCACUGCGGCGCCUGAGUGUCCCCUGUCGGAUCAGUGGUUCAAGAUGAAGAACAUCAUCCAGAGCUCGCAGUUUGACGCUCUGUUCGUCCAGUUCUACAACAACAUUGGCUGCGAGGGCGUCGAUGGCAACAACUUUGAUGACUGGGCGACGUAUCUUCAAUCCACCGCCAGUAAGGACGCCAAGAUCUUCAUCGGCCUCCCCGGCUCCCCAAACGCCGCGGGCACAGGCUAUCUUGCGCCUGACGAUGCGGCUCAGUUGUUGAACAAGCAUAAGAACAAGCCCGCCUUUGGUGGUGUGAUGGUCUGGGAUGCCUACUUCGGCAGCCAAAAUGUCAACAACGGCCAGACGUACUAUGAGUAUGUCCACGACGUCGCCUGUGGCCCGCCCACAUCAACUACAACGGCGACCGGUCCCACAGCGACGCCAACUGCUUGCGUCCGGAAGUACGAGGUUGUGAGCGGCGACAACUGUUUCGACAUUGGCAACCGCUACGGCCUGGACGUCGCUACGCUGAAGCUCCUGAACCCCUCGCUCGAUGCCAAUUGCGACAUCUGGCCUGGUCAAAUCCUCUGCGUGGAGCUUGGCUUCCCGCCCACCAGCACCUCCACCACGGUGUCGGCGACGAGCACCUCAACCACAAGCACUCCGACGGCCAGCCCUUCGACAACCACCAGCCCUUCGACGACGACCAGCCCUUCGACGACGACUAGCCCUUCGACAACCACCAGCCCGUCGACGACGACCAGCCCUUCGACGGCCAGCACUUCGACAACCACCAGCCCGUCGACAACCACCAGGCCUUCGACAACCACCAGCCCGUCGACAACCACCAGCCCUUCGACAACCACCAGCCCUUCGACGACGACCAGCCCUUCGACGACGACCAGCCCUUCGACGGCCAGCCCUUCGACAACGACUAGCCCUUCGACAACCACCAGCCCGUCGACAACCACCAGCCCUUCGACAACGGCCAGCCCUUCGACGGCCAGCACUUCGACUACCGCUGAGCCCACUUCGACGACGACCACUUCGGAAGGGCCUACCUCGACCGCGACCAGCACGACUCUGGUUGCCGUCACCUCGGCUCCUGGUACUACGACAACCACGACCACCGAUGCCGCGACCAGCACCUCGACUGAGGACGACUCUUGCCCUGAUGACGAGACUACCACUACUCCCGUGGCGUCUUCUACAACCACAGGAACCCCAACCGUCACCUCGGCUCCUGGUACUACGACAACCACGACCACCAAUGCCGCGACCAGCACGUCAACAGACGAUGAUUCGUGCCCAGAUGACGAGACAAGCACCAGUCCUGUCGCGACUGCCACGUCGUCCCAACCCGUCAUCACCAGCACCUCGACUGGGGACAACGGCGCCUACCCGACUACUGUGUCGCCGACUUCGGACAACAGCGCCAACCCGACCACCGCCUCGCAAGGCUACACGACGUCGACCAUCUACACGACGACCACGCGUACCGUCACGUCUUGUCCCUCGACGGUCACGGACUGCCCAGCACGCGUUGUCACCGAAACUAUUGCCGUCUCCACUACUGUCUGCCCUGUGACGGCCACCGAGACGGCCGCGCCGCAGCCCACCUCCUCGCUGCCCGCCGGCUGGACCACGUCCACGGUCUACUCGACCACGACGUACACAGUCACCAGCUGCGCGUCCACAGUGACGGACUGCCCAGCCAGGAUCGGCCAGGUCACGACCGAGGUGAUUGCCGUCAGCACCACCGUCUGCCCCAUCACCGAAGUCGCCUCUCCCUCGCCGUCCGCGUCGGCCUCUGUUUCGGGCCCGGCCCCGGCGUCGCAAGCGUCCGAGAUCGACUCGACCUCGACCACGCAGAUCACCACCACGCGGUUCACCACCCUCACGGUGCCCAAGCCCGGCUCGACCGCCCCGGUUGCCGCGCCUUCCAACCCGCCAUCGAGCCCGAUCCAGUCGGCGCCGUCGGCUGGCUUCUCCACCACGCAGGGCGGCGCUAGCCCGUCGGGCACGCUGCCCGUAACGGCUGGCGCUGGCCGGAGCGUGGUUGCGCUCGGUCUCCCGGCCGUGUUGGCUGCCCUGGCCCUUGCCAUCUAAGGGCGCGGCUGCCUCGCAUGUUUCGUUUGUCUGCACGGAUUUGGGCCUUGAUUUCUUCUUGGGUAUCCGCAUGUGAAUCUGUAGCUAGCGGGUACUAUCAACUUUCUCUGAAAAUUUAGAAUUUGGCGCGGUGAGAAUGGG